GGGAGAGCGCUCCUCCGCCCAGCUCGGUCCCUGCGCCCCGCUCCACCCGUGCCUGGCUGCCCGCGCCGAGCCUCGGGCGUCCACAGCGCGACUGUCGCCCGUGCAGCCAGCGCCGCCCUAAGCUGCGCCGCGCACCCUGCCUCCUCCCUUUCCGCCGUCGCCGCCGUCGGACACGCAGCCGCAGGCCGGGGCCGGGCCGCAGCUGGGGAGUCAGGGGCGCGCGCAGCCAACCCUUCCCCCUCCGGCUCCCGCACCGCCCGCCGCCUCCCCUCGCCCUCCUACUCUCCCCUCCCUGCUCCUUCGCCGCUUCCUCCUCCUCCUCCUCCUCCUCUCGGGGCCCCAGCUGCCAGCAUCAUGUCCGCAGGGGGAGAUUUUGGGAACCCGCUGCGAAAAUUCAAGUUGGUGUUCCUGGGGGAGCAGAGCGUCGGGAAGACGUCUCUGAUCACGAGGUUCAUGUAUGACAGCUUUGACAACACAUACCAGGCAACCAUCGGGAUUGACUUCUUGUCAAAAACCAUGUACUUGGAAGACCGCACGGUUAGACUGCAGCUCUGGGACACAGCCGGGCAAGAGAGGUUCCGCAGCCUCAUCCCCAGCUACAUCCGGGACUCCACGGUGGCUGUGGUGGUGUACGACAUCACUAACCUCAACUCCUUCCAGCAGACUUCGAAGUGGAUUGAUGAUGUCAGGACAGAGCGGGGCAGUGACGUGAUCAUCAUGCUUGUGGGCAACAAGACGGAUCUGGCUGACAAGAGGCAGAUAACCAUCGAGGAAGGAGAGCAGCGAGCCAAAGAACUGAGCGUUAUGUUCAUCGAGACCAGCGCGAAGACCGGCUACAACGUGAAGCAGCUCUUCCGACGUGUGGCAUCCGCUCUGCCCGGCAUGGAGAACGUCCAGGAGAAGAGCAAAGAAGGGAUGAUUGACAUCAAGCUGGACAAGCCCCAGGAGCCCCCGGCCAGCGAGGGUGGCUGCUCCUGCUAAUACAGCGCCCGCACGGCGCGCGCGGCUUCCUCGACACUAGACACUACUCAGUUGUGGUACCUCCUACUGGUUAGUUUCCUAACGGGGUGGGAAAUGCGGUUAUCAAACAGGAGGAUCUUUCUUUUUCUCUCUCUCUCUCUCUAGGAGUAGGGUGGGACUCGGGAGGGAGGCUGGGCAUCAGGGACCACGUCACUCUUAACAGCUGUUACCUAAACAACUAUUUUUUGGUUUGGUUGUAAUAUAUUGUACUUUAUUAAGAUUGCCAAAAACUGUUAAAAUUAAAAAAAAAAUUUAAAUCAUGUGUAUACAACUUUUUGCCAGAUAUAAAAAAAAAGCAGUCAUUUUCAUUUGAAAGAUGUGCUUUUUUUUUUGUUUUUGUUUUUGUAUAUUUGUAAACUUACAGAGAACCUCUCCACACACCUCUUCCUUCCUGUUCUCUUGGAACUGUAUGUCACCUCUACCUUCCUCCCAGCCCCGUAAAUUAACUGAAUAAUAGUAAUUAGGCUCUGGUCCUGGGUCACAUGGCUCAAACCAACCAAGCCCUUCACCCAGGCUCCCCUCAGUCAAAUCAGACUUUAGUUUAACAAAAGCAGCCUCCGAGGGGGCAUGGCUCUGUCCUUCCAUGGCAGCGUGGACUAGCAGGCCCCUGAGUGGAAAUGAAGGCUGUGAACUAGCAGCAGCAGCAGCAGGCCCCACGGCUGCUUCUGCCUCGUCUCCUCCCCUGAGAAAACCAUGGCGACAGAGAACACACGGUGGAGACAGAGAGCGCCCGCAACCGUGUGUUCUCUGUGCCGACCCAGGGACGAACAGAGUGAGAAGUUACCCGAAGGAUGGGGUGCUCCUGGCAGCGGAGGGCUGAGGCAGUGUGCGGUUCCCAAAUGUUGUAACCUGCUGGCCCAACAGUUGACACACUUCACCAACUCAGUGUGUGGGGCUGGGUGGCUCGUGCUGAAGCCUGUCUGGGGCACAUGCCAUCCGUCCACUGUGACUGGGGAGGUGAGGGAUGUCUGCCUUUGCUCUGAACAGUAUGUGUCAUCAGACUCUCUACUAAUCUUGCUGAGUACUGUUAUGGAAAUGCUGAUUCCUUGAUGUGUUUUCACCCCCCUGGCCUGGUACAUUUGAAAUCUUUGUAUGAAUACCUUUGGGAGCGUUGUGGCUGCACCACAGACAUCUUGGGGCUACUGUGGGGUUUCCAGAAGGCUGCCCAGGGCACUGCAAACCUGCCCCCAGCAAGCUGUCCUUGCUCUUUCCACUCAUUCCUGAGACUGAUUUAGUCUUAAAGACCUUCAAAGGCUCUAACAGAGUGCUCUCCUCAAAGCAAAGUAACUCACAUUCUAAAUGUUCCCAGACUCACUGCCCCAGGCCUCCCCAAAGGCAGGCAGGGGCAGUGACUAAAACAUCUCAGCCCCGUAGAAUUGGCUCUCCUCCAGACUGCUGAUGGGCAGAGUAAACGCUGCCACAGGGGCAGGACUCUUAACAAGGGGGUUAGAAUGAAUUAUGGAACUUCUCAGAAAUGAGUUCAAAAUGGCAGCCUCCAUGGAGGGCCUGAUUUUGUGAGUGGGCCUGCCAUGCUUCUCCAUCCUGGGAGACAGUGUCAGGGCCAGUUCUGGUGAAGAAGAGAGGAAGCAGGAUCCUCCUGGGUCCCUCUCCAGAAGGCAAGGACCAAUGUACGAGCGUAAUUGAAACGUCACGUGUUCAGCUUUUAUAUGUGUGUACAUAAUUAUACAUAGAGAUAGACUUGUGUAUACACCCCCCCCACACACACACACCCUCACAUAUACAUGUGCUCAAUGUAUAUUCUUGUCGCUCCCGCUCUCAAGUUGGAACUUGCAUUGUGAUUCCAGUUUUGGAAGUUCAAAAGUAUGCAGUGUAUUGAAGUAAGAAAUACUCAAUAUUGUCAAAUAACUUGUGGUUGUCUUGCCUUCAAUAAAAUAGUGCAUAGAUGUGUUCAACUGCAAUCGGAACUAGUCCACAGAACUACCUUCACCACUGCUUUAUGUACCUGUGUGCACAGGUGUGCAUGCCUUUGUGGGCCAGUGUCCCCCCAGCGUGGGCACCCCACCUAAGUGGUGCUUGCUUGAAGAAGGCAUACUUGCCCCGUGAUGGCAGCAGUCUGGUUGGCAGUGAGGGGCUUCGCUGGCAGCCUCUAGCAGAGUCCCACGGACAGGGCUCUGUACUGUGUCUCAAGGAGUGAAUGCAGGGUGGAAUCUAAUCUUGGCACUGAAGAAUAACCUUUCUUGUAUUCCUGUAACUCUAAGUAGCAAGCCAGUUCCCUUCUCUUGUGCACACAACCUAAGGCAUCAUGGCACGCUGUUAGAAACAGCGGGAACCAUGGUGGACGCCAUCCUGGUGGAUCUGGCCUAAGGAGCCCUGCCUUCCCAGCUUGUACACAAAGCCUCCUCUGAAGUUUAAGAUCUUCCGACCUCGUGGUCUCUGAGAGUGAGGGUCCUGCCCCAUUGUUUUCCCACCCCAGUAGUGCCCUGGCCUUUUCCUCGGCCCAGCUCCUCCCUAACGGCCAUUAAGGCAGCCAGGCCCUGCACAGGACUGUCACUCCUGGGGCUUUCUCUUGACCACCCCCACCCCCCAUCCUCCUGCUUGUAGGUAGGAUCUGGUCAGGUUCUGAAAUUAUCUCAGUGUCCCCCCGUCUUUGCUGAAUCCAGAUCAGACAGAAGACAAAAUGGAGCAUUCUUCUUAGGACAUGAUCACAACUUAGUAAUUCAGUUCCUCUCCCUGGACAUUUGGGCCUGGCCUGGCAGAUGGGCGUGGCCCUCUUCCUUUUCUUUAGGAGUCUUGAAGGAGAGUUGUCAGCAAAACUUCUGUGAGCAUUGCAGAAAUAGUCUUAAGAUAGAAAAGGCAGGUGGUGUAGCUAUACACACAUGCACACCAAAAUGGUGUGACCUGAGUGCCCUGAGUGCUAGUAUUGCUGUGAGGUCAGAGGCUAGAAAGCUUGGUGGUCAGAGCCUCACGGCUGUCACAGUCACUGCUCCCUUCCUGACGCCAUCUUUAAACAUUCUGCAAUAUCCCAAGAUGGGCGGAGAAGCCAUGGCCACAUCAGGCAACAGAGAUCAGGGUUCAAGGUGAUAUCUAGGAGUGUAGACAGCUGGGUGCAGUCCCCGUUACCCAGUGGCUAACCAGUGUCAGAGCUCUCACCGGUGCCUGUCCUUCAGUACCCAGUGUGACAGUGUGGGGACAGCACUGCUGGCUUCAGCAUCCUGCAGGUAGAGUUUAUUCCUUCUCCACAUGGAAGGGGGAGAGGCCGGCAGGAAGACAGGGUAGCUGAAGAUGAUGAAUCAGAGCGACAAGAACCAGCUAGCGGGAGUAUGUCUCUGUGUGUCAAGUGCUUGGGCUCAAUGCUCGCUGGUUUCCAAACUACCUCUCCCCCAGAAUAGGAGGCACUGUCACCUUGCCACAGCACUGGGAGCCAAACCCUUCCUGUUUCACAGGUGGGGGAACCCCAACAGACAAGGUCACCUGGGAGCCAGGAAUGAUCAGAACCAGUGUUGGCAGUCUUCAUCUGUUGCUGACCUGGGUGUGCAGACAGGAUGGCAUCCUGUGCCUGUGUCCCGUAAGCCAUGUCUACUCCAUGGCUAGAACGUAAGGUUAUUCCCAGCUAGAGAGAAUAUAGGUGCAUUUUGGGCUCCUUUACUAUAAAGGGUGGUCCUCAGAUCUACUUGCAUUGUCUUGUACACACACACACACACACACACACACACACACACACACACACAGCAGUAGUCAGGGCACCCUUUUAAUUUUUGUUUGAAAUCAACUUCUUCGGUAUUCCAAAAUCUUGCAGUUUCGGUGUGCAUACUCCUAGGAGUCCAGGCCCUGUCUGAUUGACACCCUGCAGGGUAUGAUUAUCAGGAAAACCUUCAAGCAGGAGUUCAGAUGGUCCCUUCAGGAGGCAAAAAGCCCCCAUAGCAAUGAAGGCCGGCCUGUCUAUUGUGUGUUGACUUCUCGCCUCACCUGUUCUUUAAAGUGAGGAACACAGAGGGUGGCAUUUCCAUCUGUAUGGGCUCAGAAGGCAAAGCAGCCAUAUUGACUUUACAUUCAACUGUGUAAUAUGUGGAAAAGACUCAGCAUGUUGGUCAAACAAUAAACUGUCCUAAUUCUCAACACAAA